UGGGCUGCGAUGUCCUUUUGUGUCCUAGAGCGCGGUGCCAGCGCGCGGCUCCUCCUGCCCAUGGCCCGGCCGGUCCCCGGCGCGCGGGGCCACUGAGCCACCCGCCCGGACGCGCGCCAGCGCCCGUGCGCCCGAGCGGCCCCUGCCCGGCCGCCCCCGCCCCGAGCCCUUGGUCCGCGCCCCAAGAGCUCUCCAGCCAUGUCAUCCCGGGAACGCCGGACGGAAUUCUUCAUUAAAACCGAGCCAGCUUCUCCAGAUAGCCUCGUCCAACACAGCCCCAGUGGCUCGUCGGACACAAGCACCAGUGGAGCACCUGCUGAACUCGAGCCUGCAAGCACCUUACCCACCGGGACGGGGGCAUCCCGCCGACGCCAUGAUGACGACCCAGAUGAGGCUCCUGGCAGGGGAAAGUAUAUGUUAAGCACCAUGCCCAAGCGACUGUGUUUGGUAUGCGGUGACAUCGCCUCGGGGUACCACUAUGGCGUGGCCUCCUGCGAAGCGUGCAAAGCAUUUUUCAAGCGAACGAUUCAAGGAAGCAUCGAGUACAGCUGCCCAGCCACCAAUGAGUGUGAAAUAACUAAGCGUCGCCGGAAAGCGUGCCAGGCGUGCCGUUUCACCAAGUGCCUGCGUGUGGGCAUGCUGAAAGAAGGGGUACGCCUCGAUCGGGUACGUGGAGGCCGACAGAAAUAUAAGCGCCGACCAGAGGUGGAGGGUGCCCCCUACCCCAGCACUUUUGUGACCCCGCAGAUCGCCACAGCGACCGCCAAGAAGUCGGCACCGAUGAACACAAUGGUGUCACACUUGCUGGUAGCAGAACCGGAGAAGCUGUACGCCAUGCCCGACCCAGCGCUUCCCGAAGGGCCUGCCAAAGCUGCUAGUACUUUGUGUGAUCUGGCGGACAGGGAAAUUGUUGUCAUCAUUGGCUGGGCCAAAAAUAUACCGGGAUUUCCAGCAUUAUCCUUGGCAGACCAGAUGUCUGUCCUGCAGAGCGUCUGGCUGGAAGUUUUACUCCUUGGAGUAGCCUGGCGCUCGCUGCCAUGCGAAGACGAGAUUGUCUUUGCAGAAGACUUUGCUCUCGACGAAGAGGCCGCCCGGACGGCGGGGCUGCUGGAGCUCAGCGGGGUGGUCCUGCAGCUGGUGCGCAAGUACCGUGCCCUGCGCUUGGAGCGCGAGGAAUACGUGCUGCUUAAGGCAUUGGCCCUUGCCAACUCAGACUCUGUGCAUAUUGAGGACAUGGCGGCCGUGCAACGCCUCCGCGACGUGCUUCACGAAGCGUUGCUGGAGUACGAAGCAUCGCGGCGCCCGGAGGAGCCUCGCCGAGCCGGCCGCCUUCUGCUCACCCUCCCUCUCUUGCGUCAAACCGCCACCCGGGUCCUGCACCAUUUCUACAGCCUGAAACUGGAGGGCAAAAUUCCCAUGCAUAAGCUCUUCCUGGAGAUGUUGGAAGCCAUGAUGGACUGAAGAAAAGAGGCUGGGAAUCGGGGGCCGGAUUCCAAGGCGGGGAGGCAAGACAUCCAGGACGGGGACGGGAUGCAGCGGAGGCCUGGAUGCAGUUUCCCCCGCGCUGUGAAUCCCCGCCACCCUCGCAUACCACGCUAACAUGCAUUUCACUGUAUGCCGACCUUGCGGGCGCCCCACAGCUUCGUGUGCAGCGGAGAGUGCGAUUGGAAAGUAGACACACCACAGCGACCCUUCCCGGAGGGGACUGAUGUAUGGGGCUGGUUGGCGGAGAGAGGGAGAAAUGUUUUGGAAGCCAUAUUUAAAUUUAAUUUAUUGAUAGGGAAAUGGGGUGGGGGGGAGGUUAGAUCGGUGUUUUUCCACCUUGGCCCCUUGAAGAUGGGUGGACUUCAACUCCCAGAAUUCCCCAGCCAGCCAAGCUGGCUGGGGAAUUCUGGGAGUUGAAGUCCACCCAUCUUCAAGGGGCCAAGGUGGAGAAACACUGGUUAGCUAUGGUAGCGCUCGCAAUCACAUUUGGCUUAGUGUUGUGUGAAAGGGACACAGGGAAGGAGGGCUCCUGUCUUGAUCUUGUCAGGGACGGGGUGGGGGAAUUGGAGCUGUCCCAUCUCAGAAGCGACAAGUGCAGGGCUGGGACAGAGAAUCCAAGCCGGACUUCCCUCGGCUUUCUUUCGGGAGGGCAUCUGCCCUGCUGCCCAGCCCUUCUGCCCGACGCUGCCUGGUCAACCCUUGGGCUUGCUUCUCAUUCAGCGCACUUUAAUACAUUGUCGGAUGUCACUGGAUGCCCCAGGAAUUCGGGGCGCAGAGAACGGGGGAAAGGAGACGGGACUCUGACUCGCUUUGCCUUGUCGAUGCCACGCUGUCUCCGCGCACUCUUGGGGGGGGGACGGCCCUCUGCGUUUCUCCCCCCCACCGCCCCCAAGACCUGCCCCCUCCCUCCCUCCUUCCUUCCCAGAACGUUGCAUUAUCACUUUUAAGCAAUAACUUUAAAAAAAAAAAAUGGGGUGGGGAGAGUUGGGUUCCCCAAGGGGGCUGUCUGUUUUGCGUGUAACCCGCCUUAAAACCCGGGGAAGAGGUGGGCUGUGGCGAGGGAUCAAGCCCACCCACCACCCCCCGAGAUGAAAAAAGGCAGGGCCUUUCGUUCACCAUCCUUCACUUAAUUCCCAUGUAGCAAUAGUUAAAAAGGCAACUCUGCUUUUUUUUUCCUUUCAGGUGUGAUGCCCUGUCUCCUCUCCCCUUGCCAUAGCAGACCGAGCAGGUGAUCCCCCCCCGCAUCAAGCCAAACUCAACUUCUACCCAAAGCAAUAAAACACCUUUUCCUCUCAAUUCCCUUCCUUCCCGCUAAAUUUAGGAAGGGAGGCCAUGUGGCCUGAACGGGAGAGCCAUGUACAUAGCAAUAUAUUUUACUGUAUAUUUGUUGCAGGAAAAAAAAAAAGAUCUUUCCCCCUCGCUGGCUCACUUGCCCCUUGCCCAAAGGGGCAGGGUGACAUUACCUUGGCCCUGGAGGGGGAAGGGAGUAAAAGGAGGUGGGAAAACAGACGCUGGAUUUUUUUUUUAAUUAAAUUAUGUGUGUGUACAUAUUAUAAAUACCUCUGAUCUGUGUAUAGGCGGUUAUACAUUCAUAGAGAGCUCUAUUACUGAAAAAAAUUAAAACGAGGCCAAUGCGGCCAAAGGC